AGUUCUCAGAUUUUCCACAAGGCUAAUAUGAACAUAGUUAAAUGUGUCAGUCAGUAAUUAAUAUCUACAACAAAUCAGACAACACUUCUUUAAUCAGCUUGUUCAUGAACUCGACACUCAAAGUUAAAUCAUAGGAGGGUUUGAUGCACGAGUCUGUCAGACAUGUCGUGCUGCUGUUUCCUUCUCUAUUUUUUUACUCCCCCCUUUUCCUUCAUUUUUUAGUUUCUCUUUCAACCCUGUUUGUGUCGCAGCAAGAAAUUAAUCCGGGUUGAGAGGAAACGUUGAUCCAGCCAGACUGCUUUUCCAACGAUGAACCCGACAGCUACAAAAUCUCUUCUGCAUUUUCCAGCUGACACCGCCUCAUGCCUUCAGCCGAGUGAAAAUAUGGCUGCUGCUGCACAAGAUGAUCUACAUCCACUGAAGCGAAACCAGAGUUAUCAAUUUCUGCCCCCAGAGAUGUCUGAGCUGAGGGUGGUUCUGCUGGGGAACAGCUGGUCUGAGAGGAGUUCAGUGGGGAACUUUAUAUUCAGAGAGACUGAGUUCAACACUGAGGAAGAACCAGACGGCUGUUUGAAGGUCAGAAGACAGAUAAAGGAGAAAGACAUAGUUCUCAUCAACACUCCAGAUCUGCUGAGUCCCCACAUCUCUGAAGACAGACUGACAGAACAUGUGACAGACUGUGUGAGUCUCUCUGAUCCUGGCCCUUAUGUGUUCCUGCUGGUUCUACAGCCUGAAGACUUCAGUGAGGAACACAAACAGAGACUCUGCAGAGUCCUUCAGCGGUUCAGUGAUCGAUCAUUUGAUCAUUCAUUGAUACUGAUAUCAUCACCCAGAGAGGAGAGUCCAGUUUUCAUGGAAGAACUCGUAACAGACCAACCUUUGAAAGACAUGAUCAUAAUGUGUGGAAACAGAUACCUGAGGAGAAAGAACACUGAUCUCCUGCAGCUGUUAACAUGGUUGGCUCAAACGUCAAUGGAGAGGGAUGUCUGGGGUAAAGGAUUUAUUGAUAAGGAUGCAGGUCUAUUUAUGAAACCAGAGCUUGUUUCUGAAAACACAAAACCAGCUUUAAACCUGGUCCUGUGUGGGAGGAGAGGAGCAGGGAAGACUUCAGCAGCAAAGGCCAUUUUAGGUCAGACAGGUCUUCAUUCAGCCUCCAGCUCAUCAGAGUGUGUUAAACAUCAGGGAGAGGUGUGUGGACGUUGGGUUUCCCUGGUGGAGCUUCCUGCUCUGUGUGGAGAACCUCUGGAGACAGUGAUGGAGGAAUCACUCAGGUGUGUCUCCCUCUGUGAUCCUGAAGGUGUCCAUGCCUUCAUCAUGGUCCUACCUGUGGGUCCUCUCAUUGAAGAAGACAAGGGAGAGUUAGAGAUCAUCCAGGAGAUCUUCAGCUCUGGAGUCAGUGACUUCACCAUGAUUCUGUUCCCUGUGCAGUCAGAUCCUACAGCUCCAGCUGUUGUUAACUUUCUACAGAAAAACAAAGAAGUUCAGGAUCUCAUUCAGAGCUGUGGAGGAAGAUCUUUUGUUCUCAACAUCAAGGACCAGCAGCAGAUCCCAGAGCUGCUGGAGACAGUGGCGCAGAUGAGAGGAUUUAGUCGCUUCACAAAAGACAUGUUCACCAAGGCUCAGAUAGAGAAGGUGGUAAGACUUGAAGCUGAACUGCAGGAUGUGAAACAGAGGAGUGAGAAGGGAAGUGAUGAUGAACUCCAGAACAGAGAGUGUCUCAGGAUGGUGCUGAUCGGGAAUACUGGCUGGGAGAAGAGUGCAGUAGCACACACCAUAUUAGGCAAAGAUGUCUUUGAGUCCAGCCUACAGCUCAAGACUUGUCAGAAAGCGACUGGAGAAAUUGACGGCGAGCCUGUUGCAGUGUUCCACACUCCUGCACUGACUUCUGCUGACUUUCAAAAUCAGAUUAAAAAUUGCCUCAGCAUGUGCUCUCCUGGGCCGCAUGUGUUCCUAUUAGUGCUGCAGAUAGGAAAGUUUACACAGGAAGAGAAAGACUCUGUGGAACUGAUCAAGAGGGUUUUUGGCAAAAAGUCACAAGAUUUCAUCCUCAUCACAUUCACCAGAGGAGAAGAACUGGCCGAUCAGUCAGCUGAGAGUUAUGUUGAGGAUUGUGGUGGAUUUCUCAAACAACUCAUAGAUGACUGUGGAGGGAGAUACCACGUCUUUAAUGACAGCCCAAACCACACACAAGUCAAAGAGCUGCUGACUAAGAUCAAGACCAUGGUGAAAGAAAACGGGGGCUGCUACAACACUGAGAGGCUGGAGGACGUGGAUGGAGUCGUACAAAUGCAUGUGCAGAAGAUUUCCAAAGAGAAGGAUGAGGAGAUGAAAAGAAAGGAUGAGGAGCUAAGGAGAAAACACAAGGAAGAUGUUAAAACACUGGAAAAGACCAUAAGUGAACUGCGUUCAGGGAUGGAACAGGAGAAAAAAACAAAAGCUAAACAACUUACGGAAAAAGAUGAGUGCAUCAACAAGGAGCGUGAGCAGAGAAAGAAAGAAAAAGAGGAAGAGGAAAGAAAAUGGGAAAAAAAAGAUGAGGAUCGGCGAAAGGAUUGGCAAAGAAAACUAGAAGGCUCCGAAAAAAUUGUUCAGUCAGAAAGACAGCAAAGAGAAAAUGCCGACAGGAAGCUUGAGCAGUAUAGAAAAGAGAUGAAGAGGGAUCGAGAAGCCUGGGAUAAGGAAAGAAAUGACCUGUGGGAACGAAUACAGCAGGAGAAUAAACAGAACCUGGAGGAGGAGAAAACAAGGCUUAGAAAUCUCCAAGAAGAGUACUACUCUAAGAGGAGAAAAUGGACAUAUAUUUUUUUUGUGCUGUCGUUGUUAUUGGCAUUGUUAGUAUUCUAUUUAUUUUUGAAGUAAAGUGGUUGAUCCAGAGUUUCUGUGUAAAUAGUUCCACCAGAUGGUUCCCUGAAGCUCAGUGUGGAAUAGGGAGGUCAAAAAUGAAUGGAGUAUCGAUUCAUUGAUUAAGAACUUACAUGAAGACAUUUUUUGUUUGGAUUUUCUCUCCCGUGGAACAAACAUCAUGUGGUCUCAUCAGUUUAAAGCGUGUUUCAGAAUCAGCUGACUGAAGGUGUUGACACUCAGCUGGGGGCUGCAGCUGAGUGACAGGUCUCCACGAGAGCUUUCUUUCUCUGCCGCCGGACUGAUUCUGACCCGGUUGCGCUCCCGGCUGACACCUGACCACGUUCACAUGCUUAUUUAUCUCAAUAAGAACGAGUAGACAGAAAACUGGACUCUGAAACAUGUUUCUGUUCAGCUCCCUUGUUGAAGUCUGAGCCUUCACUUUUAUGACUGUGUGUCUGCAGAGAUUAUGAGCCUGCUCCACACGCUGAUAUUCAUGUUUAACAUUUUGAACUCCUCAAUAUGAUCCAUAGAUAUUCAAUACUGUCAGUUAUAAACACUGUGUCGUGAACGAACAUUUGAUUUAGGGGAAAAAACGUAUUUGGCAUUGUUUUUGACAUGGAAAAUGUUUAAAUUUUUAAAAAAUUAUUAAUCGAUAAUUGAUCGUUAACAUUUACAAAGAUUGAUCACGAAAAAUACUUGAAAUUUACAUCCUAAUGUGGAAUGAUUCUGAUGGUUCAUUUUGUAAUAAACUAAUAAAACUGAACAAAGAAACUG